UAAAUGCAUAUCUCCACUAUACUCACGACGUUUAGAUGUCGCAAAAACUCCUCAACUUCAAAAGCAAACUCUGAAGGCAAAAACGCUUUCAAAAUCAGCUUUUUCCAGCUAUUUUAUCCGUUUUGCUCUUUUCUUCUGAAUGAUCUAACUGCUCAAACAGACGAAUCCAAAUUAGGGUAUUUUGUAGUCUUUUCCAGUCGUUAGAGUGGGAACCGGGAGAGUCUUCGAUUUGGAAAGUUUCUCAAUGUUCCAACCCAAAUCUCACAUUCUCACUUGAUUUGCUUUCUGUUAUCUAGUGCGAUCCCCCGGACGUCCUCGAUAUAUCUCUAUUUCUUUCUCGAUGUUCACAUAGUGAAUUAGUUGCCAUCCCGUUGCAGUCUUUUAGCAACCACUUGCGGUAUCGCAGGACGCGUGAAGACUGAAAAUGGAGCACAACCUGGAUCUUCCCAGUCCCGCGUUUUCCUCGGGCGACCAUUCCAUCUUCGGGAGCUAUCCUGGUGGCCCGGGAAGCACACCACAACGCGACCGCCUAACCUCCUAUGCUAUGCAUACUCCUUCGGGAGCGGAGGAUCGUCAUGCUUACACAGCGCAGACGCCGUCGGGAAACGAUGAUCGCCUGGGAGGCCCGUUAUCCGCGUCAGCAUCUGGCGCUGCACACCUGCAUAAACAGUUCUCGGCACCCAUGACGCCGUCUGGUUCCGGAGGAGGUGCACAUCCAGAGACGCCGCGCAACCCGGUGCCGUCCGUCAGUGCGUAUCGUUCGCAGCCGUCGCAUCUGGGAAUUCCACCCGCCACGCCAAUGACUCCACAGACCCCCGCUACAAUGGACAGCGGAAUUGUUCCUCAACUCCAAAAUAUUGUUGCCACUAUAAACCUGGGAUGUAAAUUAGAUCUGAAAAUUGCCCAGCACGCUCGCAAUGCUGAGUACAAUCCCAAGCGUUUUGCUGCCGUCAUUAUGCGCAUUCGCGAACCGCGCACCACCGCCUUAAUCUUCAGCUCCGGGAAGAUGGUGUGUACUGGUGCCAAAAGUGAAGAAGAAUCCAAGUUGGCGGCUCGGAAAUAUGCUCGCAUUAUCCAGAAGUUGGGAUUUGAUACCAAAUUCACCGACUUCAAGAUCCAGAACAUGGUGGGCAGCUGUGAUGUGAAGUUCAACAUUCGACUGGAGGGACUGGUGUUGCAGCAUGCACAGUUUUGUAGCUACGAGCCGGAAUUGUUUCCCGGCUUGAUUUAUCGUAUGGUGCGACCCCGUGUGGUGCUGUUGAUCUUUGUCUCCGGCAAAGUUGUGCUGACGGGUGCGAAAGUCCGCGAGGAGAUUUACGAGGCUUUUGAAAGUAUUUACCCGAUUCUCAGGAGCUUCAAAAAGGCUUGACAAGACCGUAUGAUCCUUUUUGGCAUGCCGGACUGGAAUGCCGUUGGUCGUUGUUUUCUAGUUAAUUCAGUCGUAAUAUUGUUUCUCUUGGAACUAAAAAUCAGUACUGUACUUUGUAUAUCUGUAGAUGUGAUCCAAGUAUUCUGAGCUGUUUUGUUAAUUUUUGGAUUUCUUAAUGAACUUCAUUGGCAAAAAAGGUGUGCUGAUGUGGAACUUGUGCAAGUUAGUGUUUUUUUUCGCACAAAUAUUAAAUUUGGCAUUCGCUGGAAA